AAAUCGCCAGGCGCCAUCACGCGGGCCCGCCGCGACCGUGUCGUCGAGGAGGGCGUCCAGCGAGCGUCCGAUCGCGGUCUCGACUCGCCGAAAAGAUGGUCAUGAUGGCUGGUAUGGACGACCACGAGCGCAAAGUCGUCCUCGAGUUCUGUCACCUGCUCGAGAAAAGCAAGCAGCUGUUCAACGGGCUGCGCGAGCUGCCGCAAUACGGGCACAAGCAGUGGCAGGGUUACUUCGGGCGGACCUUCGACGUCUACACGAAGCUCUGGAAGUUCCAGCAGCAGCACAGAACGAUAUUGGACACGAAGUACGGCCUUAAGAGGUGGCAGAUCGGCGAGAUCGCCAGCAAGAUCGGCCAGCUCUACUAUCAUUAUUAUCUGCGUACCAGCGAGACGAGCUACCUGCACGAGGCCUAUUCGUUCUACGCGGCGAUACGCGGUCGCGCCUAUUACAGCCGCGCCGCUAAGGAGGACAGGAGCGAUCUGAUGGUGAAGAAGCUCAGGUAUUACGCCCGCUUCAUCGGCGUCUGCCUCCUACUGAACCGUAUGAAGCUCGUGCGGGAGCUCGUGCAGGAGCUCGACGCCCAGAUAGCCGAUUACACCAGCACCUACGAGCCGGACGAUCAGCUCGAGUGGAAUCUCGUCCUCGACGAGAUUAAGGCCUUCGUCAAGGCCGAGUCCGCGAUCAAUGUACUGCAUUCCGACUCGAACCCCAUCGUGCUGACCCACAGGCUCGGUGCGCAGACCUGCCCGCCCGUCGAACGAUCGCCACCCAUGUGCCUAUCUCUCCAAGAGAUCCUAAUCGUCGGCAAUUGCGCCGAUCAGGUGAAGUUCAGUGAGUUGUCGAUGGACAUGUUCAGAAUGGUGCAAACACUCGAGCGGGAGACCAGGGACGAUCCGAACCACCUGCACGACGCCUCGCCGGCCGGCCGGAUGCCCUUCAGACCCGGACCUUAUCCCGGACCAGAGAACGGCGCGCCGAGACGCGACAAUCCGCACAAGUACAUGCUGUACAAACCGACUUACAGCCAGAUACAACUUGUCCUCGCGAGUGGCUUCAAGGAGCUACCGGCCAAUGGCGCGUUACUGCUGUACCUGUCGGCGGACGGUUGUUUCUCCACCAUCAAACAUCCCGAAGAAAUGGGGUACGACCUGGGCGGCGUGUCCACGUGCAACAAAAGGGAUCCGGAGCACGGGAAGAGGCCGGCCGGCUGCAAGGACCCGCACUGCGUCUAUCCGGGCGACCUCUACCCGUUCACCAGAAAGCCGCUCUUCGUCGUCGUCGACUCGGACAACAGCUUCGUGUUCCAGCAGAUACCGCGCUACUUCGGCCAGCCUCUGAUGGUGCUGAUGUCGCCGCAGGACGUGCCGCCGACCCUGCGCGACCUGCGACACGGUGGCGGCCUGUUCACCCUCUUUCUUCACGCCCCCCUAGCCGCCUUCUGCCUUAUAUGCAACGUCAGGAGUCUGCCUGUGCAACAUUGGGAGCGCUGCCAGCGUUACAUCGAGCGAUUCCUUAACGAGGCCAGUCAGCUCGUAACGCGUUCCCGAUGCGAGACCAGCGUGCUGCAGUUCUUCGGCGACGAUUUUCUGCGGCUGCUGCUGGUGCGCUACGUGUUCUGCGACGUGGUGCUGAAUCUGCAUCGCUCGUUCAGAACCCGUCAGCAGAGGCCGCGAUGCCAUCCGCCUCUGCCGGACGCGGAGGUCCUUGAACAUCCCACCCUUCAUCACCUGGUGCUCGAUCUGGCCGCUUGCUUGGACGCCCGCGACCACUUCCCGGACAGUAACGAGCUCGCCUGACCCCGGCAUUUACCCUGCCCGGGCCCGGACACGACCCUGUUACCAUCUCACAACCACGAUUAUGAUUACGACUACUGUAAUUACAACUGCAACAAUAAAAUCGUUACACUGAGACCUCACUAAACCGCGUCUUCGCAGUAAUCGCGUGAAAAUUCGAGAGAUUGCGGGCCGCGGGUGUGACUCAGUUCUGGGAUUCAAUGCGUGGAAGAGCUCCGUUCCUCGAAGACUCGAAACACGAUGCGACCGGUGGUACGUGAUACGGCGGCACCGAAUCGCUCUACCGAUUUCGCAUAAUCACGCUGUAAAAAAAAUCAGUGAAUUUUCACAACUAAGAUGUAAAAAUUACACGAUGAAUAACAGAGAUUUGCUAAAUUUCAUAAAUUUUAUACUAUUCACUUAGUAUAUUUCUGUUAUUUAUUAUGUAACUUUCACACCUUAGUUGCGUAAUAAAUUUACCGAAUUUUUUUAUAGUGGACGGACGACGGGACACUCGCCUACAUCGUCCGACUGCACUGAGAUCGCGCCGCUCUGCGACACCGAGGAUCAAAUUGACGAUCAAGCGAGUGCACUACUCUACACCGAACGCUUCGGACUGAGUAAUGUAAAGAUAAAACUACUGCUUUUGGUUCUUCAAGAGUUAUACACUUGAUGAAAAAUGCGUUUGAAUGCUUGAACUGUAACAUAGGUAUAUAUGGAGUGGCAAUAUAAUUUUCGUACGAAUAA